CUUCCCCAGGCUCAUCCCAAGGGAACAAUGGCAUUCACUGGCAAAUACGAGUUCGAGGGCGACGAGAACUACGAUGCCUUUGUGCAGAAGAUUGGUCUCCCCAGUGACAAGAUUGAAAUGGGAAGGAACUGCAAAAUUGUAACUGAGGUGGUGCAGAAUGGGAACGACUUCACCUGGACACAGCACUUCCCGGGAGGCCGCACCACCACCAACAGCUUCACCGUGGGCAAGGAGGCAGACAUGGAGACCAUGGGAGGGAAGAAGUUCAAGGCAACUGUCAAAAUAGAAAAUGGGAAACUUGUAGCUGAGUUCCCCAACUACUGCCACACUGCAGAGAUCUGUGGGGGGAAGCUGGUAGAGAUUUCUACUUCUUCUGGUGUAGUCUACAAAAGGACCAGCAAAAAGAUUGCCUAAGGCAGCAAGGCCAGUCUCUUCCAG